AUGGCCUCAGCAACGAUGCAAGUCCUCGCUGGGCUUACUUUCCUCACACGUGUUCUCGCAGUUGGGCCAUCAGAUAUUCGAACCGAUCCAUUGACCAAGGGACCCGGUCUUGACAUCGUAACGACUGAGACAGCUCAGACUGGAAGAAUGUUGUAGCUCACCACUAUCUCGCAGGUUCAUUAUUUCACUGGUCAAUGGCCAACUGGAAUCGCUGUCUCCUCCACCGGACGCAAGUUCGCAUGCUAUCCAGCCGGCUUAGACAUUAUGAACACAUACGACGGUAUCAUUCCUACGAUGCAGGUCGGCGAGCUCACCGGCAUGGACACUGAGACCGCCUACCCGAAUUCGUCUUACAACAUGUCUCCGGGCGGAGCAGUCGACAGGACGAAAAUUCCACCUGUCACCAAAGGAGAUCCAAACCAUCUGCUGGGCGUACAGAGUGUCAUCAUUGACUCAGCGGAUACCCUAUGGAUCCUCGACACGGGUCGUGUACAGGACCUAACCAACCCCAAUAGUCCCAUGCUCCCGGCCACAGUUCCAGGAGGACCCAAACUAGUCAAUAUUGACCUCACGACGAACUCGAUCGUCAAGACCAUCAUAUUUAACACCGACCUCGUGCACUCCGACUCUUAUCUGAACGAUGUACGAAUCGACCGCAGCCGAAACGCGGCUUACCUUACCGAUUCCUCCCUCGAGGGCGACAAUGCCAUCGUCUACGUUGAUCUCAACUCCGGCAAAGGAACGAGAAACAACCUGAGCGAAGCGCACACAAUUUACGGCAGCGUACCUUUCGUGUACGGAGAUCCAAUGUACCAGGUUGCGAGCGCUACAGAAGCCUUGCACCCUGGAUACAUUACCUUUGGAGCUGACGGCAUCGCCAUCUCUCCGGGUUACAACACGCUCUACUUCUCCGUCAUCGGUGGAAGAUUCUUGUACUCUGUGCCUACGGCUGCACUGCGAGCUGGAAACGCUAUGGGCCAGGUGGAAAAUCUCGGUGAGAAGGGAAUCAGUGACGGCAUGGAGACUGACUCCAACGGGAUCGUGUACGCUGGAAAUGUCGAGCAGGACGCUAUCAGCAUGUACGGACCAACAGGUCUUGGCAAUUAUGCUACCGUCUUUGUGCGGGACCCGAGAAUCAACUGGGUGAGAUGGCAAAGAUUCCGUGUCUUUGGCCAUGGUUACUGACUGAAAGUACAUACAGGUCGACACGAUGUCCAUUGCUACGGACGGAUACUUAUACUUCACGGUGAACCAGCUCAACUACCUGAAUGCCAUCUACCCGGGACAAGGAGCGCCCUUGAUCGACCGACGCGAGAAGCCGUACGUGGCUUUCCGUGCCAAGUUGCCGAAUGGAGGAACGAAGAUCGCAUGA